AUGAAUUAUAUAACCUCAAAAUAUCACGUUCCAAGGAAAUGAAUCGGUUUUUAUGUUUGUCAAAAUAUGUCAACAAAAUUAAAGUUAUACCUAGGUAGAAAAGUAAUAGAAUCUCUUCACAAGACAACAAAACUAUCCCCGAUAGAAUUACAGCCCCUGAUACAAAUAGGAAACACCGUCGAAAAUGAUAAAAUAGAAUUGAAUUUGCCUAUGAACGUAUUAGAAAGUCAACUAGGCGUAACUAAUGUGACGGAAAUAUUAAAAAUAGAGCCCGACGAUAUCAUCAAGAACAUACAGUUGGUUAGGGAUAGGGCUAAUCGUAAAAUAGCAUUCGAGAUUGAUAAAGUAAUUUUUAUGAAAGAUGUUAUGGAAAAUUGCGCUCAAGCUGAUCUCAAUUUCAAACCGAAAAACGUCGUAGUUGAAUAUAGUUCGCCUAAUAUAGCAAAACCUUUUCAUUACGGUCAUUUAAGGUCCACAAUUAUCGGUAACUUUAUUGGGAAUUUAAACAAGUUUUUAAAAAAUCAAGUAACAAAAUUGAAUUAUAUAGGCAACUGGGGUACGCAGUAUGGGUUUAUUAAAGUAGGAGUAAACGAAUUAAAUUACAGUAUAGAGGAUAUUGAAAAAAAUCCUUUAAAAUUACUGUACCAAUGUUAUGUUCAUGCAAACAGUUUAGCGGAAAAAGAUCCACAGAUAUUGAACAAAGCCAAAGAUAUAUUUUCAAAUUUGGAAAGCGGUUCAGAAGAUGAACUAAAUUAUUGGAGAAAUUUCAUGAAUUUUUCCAAAAACGAACUUAUUGAUACAUACAAGCGACUGGGCAUCGAAUUUGACGAGUAUCACUAUGAGUCUGAUUACAGUUCUAAAGAUAUUAAAGAUGUUGUGGAACUUUUGAGGACGAAGAAUAUCAUUCACAAAGAUAAGGAGGGUAAAGAGGCCGCUCAAAUAGGCGACAGGCAAGUGACAGUUUUAAAAAGCGACGGAUCCAGUCUCUAUCUCACACGAGAUAUCGCAGCAGCUCUCGACAGAUACAAACGAUAUAACUUCGACCGGAUGUACUAUGUAGUUGACAAUAGUCAAAGCGAUCACUUUUAUGCUCUAAAAAACAUUUUAUACAAAAUGGACUUACCUUGGGCCAAUAGGAUAGUGCACGUAAAAUUUGGUAGGGUCAAAGGCAUGAGUUCAAGGAAGGGCAGUGCAAUUUUCUUGAAAGAUAUCCUGGACGAGUGCAAGGACAUUAUGGCGAAGAAACAGAUUGAGUCCCCAACUACGAAGACAUCGAUUAAUGAUGAUGAAACUUCGGACAUCUUAGGAAUAUCCUGCGUAAUUAUAAACGAUCUCAAACGAAGAAGACAGAAAGAUUACGAUUUUGAUUGGAAUAAGAUAUUACAGGUGCAAGGUGACACGGGCGUAAAGCUGCAAUAUGCGCAUUGUCGUUUAUACAAUUUAGAAAAAAACGCGGGGAUUAUGGCGGCUAAUAAAUGCCAACCCCUAUUGUUGUUCGAACCGGAGGCUGUCAAUCUGAUGAAGGAAAUGGCUAAAUUCCAUGAUGUUUUGUAUACAGCAAAUGAACAGUUGGAAGCCUUCGUAUUGGUGAAAUAUCUGUUCGAUUUGUGUAACCACAUCAAUAAAGCAUUUAAAACGUUGCAAGUGAAGGGUAUGCCUGAUGAUGUAGCAGCCCAAAGGCUUUUAUUGUUCAAUACUGCCAGACAAGUUUUGAAGAACGGAAUGACUAUUCUUGGUUUACAACCCUUAACCAAAAUGUGAUAUUUUUCCACUUUUAUAAGGAAGUAGUAUUUUAUCUAAUAAAUAAAUAUAUGAAUAAAUAGUUUUUUUAUUGUUAUAUCGUUUUAUUAAAUAGAAAAGCACCGGGCUCGAAACAAAUCCAAACGGAAUCUAAUUGUUUUUAUAAAAAAUUGUUGGUAUUAGUUCAACAAAAAUUUUCGUUUGUCCACCCUUCAUAAAAAAAGAUGAAUUUUCCAAUCUGCUUGAUAAAAUUAUAUUUAAAUAAUUAACAAUAAAUAUUAUACAACAUCAAUAUAUUUUACAAAAUAAAUAAUUAUGCAAGGAAUGCUUGUUUUAAUCAAACUGAAUAUUCCUGAUCGUCCUGGUAUGCUUCCUUGGGACAUUCUUAGUAGCCUGAUCAACUUCUUGCAAGAAACUAGCGGAAUUGUGAACGGUAGUGCCACCUAAUAGAAUGUUAAAGUUCGGAUUAUUCCUAUUUAUGGAAUGCACAGUUAAGGAUUCCUCAUAAGUUGCCCCGCCUACGAUAAAAACGAUUAUGUCUUGUUGCCGUCCGCUUCCGUGGCCCCCUAGAUAAGGGUACAGGUGAUCUCUCAGCCUGCCUUUUACUAGAUCUUCCAAAGUUUCGUGUAGCAAAGGCUUGUGUUGGGUGUAAACGUUAUCAACGCCACUCAAUCCUUUGAUGAAUCGUUUGGUUAUUUUGACAGCAUUUUCUACGUUAAAUAGGUCGCUUUGUCUAGCGUGAGAACCGGCGUAUUCUAUUAUAUUAACGAUGUUCUUUAAGAACCUUGCUGUUAUGCCUCGUCGCUUCAGCAGGUCAAUUAAACCUGUCAAAUCAUUAUUGUUGUGAUUUUGGUAUCGCAAGGCAUACAGCAUGACUAGUUUCGUGGCAUCGAUAUCACGGAUUUUCUCAUUGUUCAAUAGCUUUUUAACGCUCUGUAAAUGACUGUAAUGGUCGUUAUUUUGCGAAGCAAGCUCUUGUUCAACUUCAGACAUGUCUAGUAAAUUGAAUUUGUUAACCAUGGUGUUUAAUUCGCCUACAACUGUAACGUGCUUUGUCACGUUCCCUGAUAGUUUCUUAAAUUGGGGAUAAGACUCCACAAAACUUUUCAUAUCAGCUAUUGAUUCGAUUUUUUGAUGGCUUUUGGCUUUGGCUUGGAAUUGAUCCAUUAAUUCUUUGAUGUUGGUACCGAUUUCACCAUAAUUCAUAAAUAUAUUCUUAGCAUAAAACGUGUCUUGUUCUACAGAUAGUACAACUUCAGAUAACUCUUUUGGUAUGCCAUUUAUAUCAGAUAGAUUAACUCUGUUAUUGUUUAUAGUAAGAAGUUCAUGUACCAUCGCUUGGUAGGUCCACUGGUUCAAUAAAGGCGUUAUAGGAUCAUCUCUGCGAUCCAAAAUUAAUAAUAGUGAAUUAUUACUUUGGCUAAAUGCGAAUAAUGAAGAUUCUUUGCUGAUUAUUUCAUCUAUUCUAGUUCCUAAAUCUUUACAGACAUUAGAAUUGGCUUGGUAGCGGAUAACUGGACAUUUUUUAAGCGAUAAUAAGACAGAUAUGAUACCUUGUACAGUUCUUUGCAAUGCCGACGGAUUCCAAUUUAAAUUCAAGAAACAAGUACUCAAUCCAAUCGAAAACAAAUGUGGAUUUACAGCCAAAUAAUCCAUAUACAAUUCCUGUACUUCCUUCACAACCUCAUGCUCAUCAUGUUCAGCAAGAAUUUUUAUAUCGGCUUUCGCUAUUAUAUUACUAAAAUAAAUAUAGUAAGCUCCAUAUUUAGGGUUGCGGAGUUCAUUGCACAGUGCUGUGAUGUUUUGUUGGGUAGGCCUUACGAAUACUAAACAUUUGAGGUAUCGUAGACCCGUGGAAUUUGCAAAAUUAGGUGAAUCUAUUCGUUCUAGCAGAAAUACUUCUUUUUGUUGGAUUUCAGAUUGUCCGUAUACCAUACUUAUAACGCUUGUAGUUUCUUUAUCCAUUAGCAAUAUUUUCAUUCCCGGUUCACUUUCCGAUGUCAUUUUUACAAUGUAAGCCUUAAUUGCUGAUAUAACAUUCAUUUUUGAAUAUAUUUGGAGUCCGAGGACGAGGAAAUACACAAAACCUUUACUUUUUAAAUAUGGGUGUUUAUUUUUAUUUCAUCAAUUUCAAUUUGUGAUUUGCGAUUGUUGAAAUAGCAAACACAAAAGCACUGGUACAGACAGAGACAGAGAAACAAGUAAAUACAUUUCUUAUCGUUUUCAUCGAUAUAAACGUGUUACUUUUUUUUGAUACGGAUAUUAAAUAUUAGAGUUAUAAGCAUCUUUACAAUAUUUAAAAUUUAAUAAAAAAAAAUUGAAAGUUUAAAAAGGCGAAGAAAAAUUUUAAAUUACAUGUGAUCAAUGCUGUAAAAAUUUAUAUAGAUUGCUGUCUGUGGUAGGGAUGCGCACGAUGUAUCGAUGUUAAAAAAACAUCGAUUUUUCUCUUUCGAUUAUCGAUAUUUUUAUCGAUGUUUUUUUAUGCGAUGUUUUCAUUUAAC